AUUGUCGCUGGCUACACGCUGCUAUGACGCUUUUUUUCUGCGACUGUGCCGGUUAUGCACGUCGUGGAUAGCAGCGAUGCUCUUUAUUACACAGUGAAAAAUGACCAGUUCCAUUCUUAAUGGAUUGAGCAUCCUAACUAAACCCGUUGGAGAAGUGUCUGUUAGUCAGGCACAUGGCUCCCAGCAGAAAGCCUUACUGGAUGCACUGCAGGCCAAUCAGGCCCUCCUGCAGGAGCACCUGCAGGCUCAGGGAAGAGAACCAGAGGUGCUUGAGGUUCUAGCAGCUGUGCGGAAACAGGCUGAAUGGGCCAGCGAGCAGACCGAGGACAUCACCUGGAGCUUUGUCCAGGAGUGUCUGGUUCUGCUCCUGGGCUUGGGCCGUCACCUGGCCCACCUGCGGGAGUCCUUCGACCAGGAGAGCUUGUCGUUGCUACCAGCUGACAGCGCCCGUCGACGCCGCACCCCCGAGGCGGCCCCUCCGCUGCCCCCGGACGUACUGAGCGUGGCGCAGCAGAGGACUUUGGGGACCGGGCUGCAAUUCGCCGUGACCCUGGGCCUGUGCCCAUAUCUAGCCGCGGGCGUGGGGGUGCCCCUGGGCCGCAGGUCUGCGCUAGGUGCGUCAGUGGAGGGUGCGGUGAGGAGAGACGUGCUGCCCUCGACCGAGCGCCGGCUCCUGAUCACAGCCUUCGCCCUGCUGGAGCUCAGCACCGUGCCGUCCCUCGCCACCGAGCUCUUCACCAGCCAUCUGGGGGACGUCAUGGCUGCCCUGUGCCAGCUGGGAUACCGCCUGCCACGGCCUGAGCGGGGUGCUGCGGUGAGCGAGAAGAUUCUUGGUCUUAGUGCUGAAGAACACAGGAAGUGCAGAGAGGCGCUCCAAAGCCUCUUGGGUAAAGUCUACCAGCCAAUCGUCAUCAAGGAGCUCCUGGUCCUCCAAGGUGGCCCUAAACAGAGCCGUGUGGGUCCCGGUGGCGGUGGUGCCGGUGUCGGUGGGAGCAGGGUGGCUGCUCUGGCUCAGGCCCCGGCCUGGCUUCGGCGUUUGUGUGGACAGCUGCUCUCUGAGAGGCUGAUGCAACCCGGCGGGGUCCAGUACGUGGUGCGCGCCAUCUUGGAGGGUGCUGGGGGGGGAGACUCAGACUGGAGGAAGUGUGAUGCUGUGGCCCGUAUCUUAGCAACCUGCCCUCAACAGUCCCUCUCACCUGAGGCUUACUACAGCCAGGUCUGCCCACAGGUGCUUGAGCUCCUUCACUUCAAAGACAAGCUGACAGCGCAGCAGUUCCAGCGUGUCGCCACCAGGGCGGCGCUCACCAUGGUGGACGAGCGUUUGGAAUUUGCCCAGCCCUACCUGUUAGAACCCCUCUUCAAGCCACUCCUCUGUUGUGGGAGAAUAACAGUGGAGGGUGAGGCCAAGAGCUCAGUGCAGGAGUGGGAGCUGACACGCUGUGUGGAUGAUGUGUACAAGAUAUUUGUGGUGGGGAACAGGCCAAGUGAGCUGCUGCUGAGGAGUCUGGGAGAUGUAAUUCCAGUCAUCUUUGCUCUGUAUAGCUUCACAAAACAGAAUGCUUCCCAUCUCCGCGCCCCCUGUCAGGAGAUCCUGCUGUGGCACCUGUGCCAGGCUGAGGGAGGGCAGGCCCUUCCUCUCCUGAGGCGACUCUGCGGGCUGGGGGCAGAGCCAGGAGGAGGAGUGGCACCGGGGUGGCAGUUCUCACCGGGCAGCGAGGGAGGAGCCAUACUCACACCCAAAGAGCCAAUCAGUGAUGAGGACGAGGAGCUGUAUGAGAGGCUGUGCGGGGAGCAGUGGCGUGUGGAGUGUGUGGCUCAGCUGCUGGGGGAGAUGAAGGACAGCGACCUGCCUGCAAACUUCUUCCUGCAGCUGCUACAGGAGCUGACCAGCUGGACAGCCGAACAGGAAGUGGAAGAGUUGGAACAGGAAGUGGACACAUCCUCCAUGACACUGCUAGAGCUGGAGCUGCACCUGAUUGGCCAGGUGGCAGGGCCUGGUCAGAAGCUGGCUCUGCUGCAGGUGCUGGCCGUGUUGUGUGAGGGCCUGCCCCAUACUGUGCUGUUGCGCAAGCCUGCUCAGGCUGUGGAGUUCAUAGUGGCCAUGCUGCAGCGUGCGUGUGUGUGUCUGGAGCAGGGAGGGGAGGGGCCGGUGGAGGCCCAGACCCUGCGCAUGGGAAUGGGCCUGGUGGCCGCUCUCAUGUCUGGAGACACCAAGCUGAGUGGAGAGGACUACUCUGCCAUGUCCAAACUGUUGCCCCUUCUGGAGCAGAUCUCUGAAUUGCAUCCAGACGCCCUGUUGAAGGAGUUGGCCACUGAUCUGAAGGCAGCCAUCGCCACCCAUGGAGCUUACAGGCCUGACACCAUCACCCGUGCCGCCCAGCAUCACGCCACACACACUCACACUGGCACGGCGCGGACCAAACCCACUCCAACUGCACGCCAGACCCAGCCAAGAAGAGCACCAGCAGCAGCAACAGCAACCACAGCACGCGCUCAAAGCAAGCCAGCCAAGAGAACAGAACCACUCAUCACUGAGAUCAGUUCCGUUUCCAUGGCAACCAAAGACAACGGAACUCCAGAUGCUCCUGGUGCACCUGCCUCCUCUGCAGAGCAGCUCAGAGUGUCGGGUUCUUCUGCAGAGAGGCGGGAUCGACCUCUGGCUGCGAGUAUCCCUGUGUCCCCGUUCAGCGCUGGAACAGCCGGAGCAGAGGGUGGUCCAUCGUUCAUCUCUGAGUGCCUUCUGGAGGCCUGUGACCCAGAUGUGCCCACACGAGCGGCAGCGCUGAGGACCCUCACCCGCGCCUUGCAGAACCACCAGCAGGAGGCGCUAGAAGCACAGGAGAAACUGGUGACGCUAUUCCUGGAGAAUCUGGAGCACGAGGACUCUUUUAUCUACCUCUCGGCCAUUCAAGGUCUGGCGGUGCUGGCUGAGGCGUUCCCAGAGCGGAUCCUGCAGAGGCUGCUGGGAGAGUACCAGACUGGGCCCUCGCUGCCCUCCUCACAGCCUGAGCCCUCGCUGGAGACACGCCUCAAAAUGGGAGAGGUGCUCAUGAGAGCCAGUCGGGCCAUGGGCGAGUUGGCACCACACUACGGCCACCCGCUGAUCGGCACCUUCCUGAGUGGCACACGUGACCCGGACCCCAGCAUGCGUGCCAGCUGCCUGUCCAACAUGGGCGAGCUGUGCCAACUGCUCCGCUUCAGCCUGGGCCCGCUGGCACAGGAGCUGAGUGUGUGCCUGACGGCUCUGAUGAAGACUGAGAAGGAGGCUGAAGUACGGAGAGCAGCGGUGCAUGUCAUCACACUGCUUCUGAGGGGGCUGAGCCACACAGCCACACAGGUUCUGUCCGACGUCUUGCUGGACCUGUAUCGGGCUCUGAAAUGGGUCGUGCGUUCAGACCGGGACGAGGUGGCUGUGCUGCAUGCUCAGCUGGCCCUGGAGGAGCUGGAUGACAUCAUGCGGAAGUUCAUCUUCCCCGAGCAGAAGCUGGAGAAGAAGAUCGUGGUCCUGCCAUAAACAUAAACUCACAAGAGGUUCAGAAGAUCGUGUUGGCUGCCAUCAUGUCAGACCAUCACUGCAACAGCCACCCCCUUCAACAGUUUAAAUGGCCUUUUAAGAGACUUGUGGAUACCACGGUGAUACAAACAGAUUAAUUAGUUCAAAGCAGUGGUUUACUAAAGCUAAUUGAUUAACUAAGAUCUUAAUGUGAACACUCUCAACCGGCUGA